AUGGCAACGGCAACAAUCGAUAAGAAAAUGCUUUUUACUUAUCUGGAUGAAAUAAAAGAUCCGGAAGUGCCUGCGCUGAGUAUUAUUGACCUGGGCAUUGUAAGAGAUAUCAUCAUGCAUCGCGACGAAGUUGAAGUGGUCAUCACGCCAACUUAUACGGGUUGCCCGGCCAUGGAUAUGAUCGCGAUGAAUAUACGCUUUAUGCUUACAACGCUUGGUUUUAAAAAACAUAAAGUAACAACCAUUUUAUCGCCGGCGUGGACUACGGAUUGGAUGACGGAAGAAGGUAAACGGAAGUUAAAAGAUUUUGGGAUUGCUCCCCCGAAUCCCGUUCAGCAGAUUAUCGAUCAUAUCGGGCUGAUCACGCUCAAUCGCCCGGAAAAACUAAACGCGUUCAACCGUGAAAUGUCGUUGCUCCUGCAACAAAAGCUGGAUGAAUGUGCGGCAAAAGAAGUGCGUUGUGUUUUGAUUACAGGUGCGGGUAAAGGAUUUAGUGCGGGACAGGAUCUGGCGGAGGUGACCCAACCAGGCGCUGCAGGCUUCAAUGUCAUAUUAUCUGAGUAUUACAACCCCAUCGUCACCCGUAUCAGGAAACUGGAAAAACCCGUGGUUGCAGCCGUCAACGGUGUCGCCGCCGGCGCUGGCGCUAAUAUCGCGCUCUGUUGCGAUAUCGUUGUUGCAGCAGAGUCAGCUUCAUUCAUCCAGGCAUUUUCCCGUAUCGGGAUGGCAAUCCCGUGUGCGCUUUUCUUUCUGUUGGCCCAAAAGGCCAACGCUCAACAAGCUUCUGCGAGCCCGAAAAGCAUUUUCAAGUCGUUUGAGGUUGAUCGUUUUCUCAUAGUUGCCAUCCUCAAACCCGGUCAAUUGUGCCUGGUCGCUUUGCUUGUCAUACACCUGCACUUUGUCUACUGCGUCAGCGGGCAGGGUAAUAUUGGCCAGGUCCUGGCGCUUAUUAUUGUCACUGAUGGUGAAGAACAGUUCACGGUUAUGGUAGCUGACAUGCGAUAUCAGUAA